UUAAUUUAGUUGUAACAAUGUAACAUGCUGCUGAAAAAACAUAGUCUACAGAGGUAUCGACGAACUGUGCUAAGGGGCUAAUUUAAUUUCUUGUCUAAGCACACAGAUAUUUUAAUUUUUUAGUGAGAUGUGCAAAUAAAAAAUGUUCCCAAUGGAAACAGUUUUAUGUCUGCGUUCACAUUUAGUGAAGAAUUCAUGCCCGAUGCUUUGACUUUUAAUCCUGCAAUAUCUGUAUUUUCUACCAUGGCAAGCCCGACCGCCGAGCAAGGAUGUUUUUCCGACGUGAAAAAGGUGGGAUAUUUAAGGAAACCCAAAAGCAUGCACAAACGGUUUUUUGUGUUGCGGGCGGGGAGCGCCUCCGGACCGUCCCGAUUCGAGUAUUACGAAAACGAGAAGAAAUGGAGACACAAGUCCGGUGCGCCGAAAAGGUCCAUUCCGCUUGAGAGCUGCUUUAAUAUCAAUAAGAGAGCGGAUUCAAAAAACAGACAUCUCGUCGCCCUUUACACCAAGGAUGAGUACUUUGCCAUCGCCGCCGACAGCGAGCUGGAGCAGGAGUCGUGGUAUCAAGCCCUGGUGGAGCUGCAUAACAGAGGAAAAGUCCACGAAAGCGCCGCGGGCCGUGGUGUUGGCGAGGAUAAUUACAGCGAGGCCACGCCGGGACCUGCCUUCAAAGAAGUCUGGCAGGUUAUUUUGAAACCAAAGGGUCUUGGUCAAACAAAGAACUUGAUUGGUGUUUACAGACUGUGCCUGACCAAUAAAACAAUAAGUUUUGUGAAACUCAAUUCUGAUGCGGCUGCAGUAGUGCUGCAAUUAAUGAACAUUAGGAGAUGUGGUCACUCUGAAAAUUUCUUUCUCAUAGAAGUUGGGAGGUCUGCAGUGACGGGGCCUGGGGAGUUUUGGAUGCAAGUGGAUGACUCGGUUGUGGCUCAAAACAUGCAUGAAACGAUAUUGGAAGCGAUGAAAGCCACGAGUGAGGAGUUCAGACCCCGCAGCAAAAGUCAGUCAUCUUCCAACUGCUCAAACCCCAUCUCAGUGCCUGUCAGGAGGCAUCAUCACAACAAUCCUCCCCCCAGCCAAGUUGGAUUAGGCAGACGCUCUCGGGCAGAGAGUGUGACAGUAGCUUCUCCUGUUAGGCCUGGUAAACACAGCCAUUCAUUCAGAGUGAGAGCAUCCAGUGAUGGGGAGGGCACCAUGUCAAGGCCAGCAUCUGUGGAUGGUAGUCCUAGCAGCCCGAGCACAGCACGGCCUCAGUCACAGCGGCAUAGGGGUGGAUCCAGGCUUCACCCGCCACUCAAUCACAGCAGAUCUAUCCCCACGCCCACCUCACGGUGCUCCCCCUCAGCUAUCAGUCCCGUCAGCCUGUCUUCCAGCAGCACCAGUGGCCACGGAUCCACCUCUGACUGCCUUUUUCCACGCCGCUCUAGCGCCUCCAUAUCUGGAUCGCCAAGUGAUGGCGGUUUCAUCUCCUCAGACGAAUACGGAUCUAGUCCUUGUGACUUUAGAAGCUCCUUCCGCAGCGUGACGCCAGACUCGCUUGGCCACACCCCACCUGCCAGAGAGGAGGAGAUAAACAAUUACAUCUGCAUGGCCAAGUCUGGUUCACUUCCUGGGAGCCAAUCCAGAGGAACUCCAUCAAAACUGGAGGAGCCUGAGUUGGAGAAAUGUUUCAGGAAGCGAACUCAUUCUUCUGGUGCAUCGCCACCAACUCCAUGCCACCAAAACACUCAAUCCCAGUCUUCUGCCACAUCGCUGGAUGAAUAUACUGUAAUGAUGCCUGCAUAUCCUAGAAGCCGCUCUGCUUCUUCAUCAUCAUCAACAUACAAGAUUUCAUUCAUGCCUACACAUUCAUACCCAGAGGAAGGAUUAGACAUGUCAAGAGAUAAAGAAAACAUUGGGCCAGAUCACAAAGAUGAUGGCUACAUGCCCAUGUUGCCAGGUGUUGCAUCUGCAACCCCAACAGUGAAAAAUGGUGACUACAUGCCCAUGAGUCCAAAAAGUGUGUCUGCACCACAACAAAUUAUCAACCCCCGGCAGCACUCACAUGUUGACUCCAAUGGCUACAUGAUGAUGUCACCAAGUGGCAGCUGUUCUCCAGAUGGCACAACAAACUAUGGCAAGAUCUGGACUAAUGGCGUCAAGCUCUCCAUUGAGAAUAUGGAAGGAAAAGUGUCAUCUUGUGGAGAAUACAUGAACAUGUCCCCAGCUAGCUGCUCAACAACCAGUACGCCACCAGACUGCUUCUUCAACCCUGUUGAUGAUCAUCCCAGGCCUAUGUAUACCUACUUCUCAUUGCCUCGCUCCUUCAAACAUGCCAACAGGAAGCAGGAUCAGAGCCCACUUCGGAUGUCACUGGGUUCCAGUCGUAUUGCUUAUGCAGAUUCCUCCUCAUCUUCAGCGAGCAGUGACAGCUUGGGUGGUCAAGGCAACUCGCAACAGCCUGCUGUCCGUCCCAAAAGGUCAGAGGGUAACAGUAGGCUGACACGUCCAACACGGCUGUCACUGGAUGCUAGCAAAGCAAGUACUCUACCAAGAACACGUGAGAGUCCCUUCCCCCCAGAACCCAAAAGUCCUGGGGAGUAUGUCAACAUUGAGUUCAACAACAAGGCAUUUUCAACGAGUUUAGCAUCGCUUUUCCCAUCUGUGUUUACUGGAAGUGAUGCUGAGGCCCCGUCAGACCUUUCAACAUCUGAGUACAUGAACAUGAAGCUGGGGUCACAGGCCAGACGGCUGAACCCAGAAAAGCAGAUUUCCACAUCCUGUUCAGACUAUGCCAUCAUCACCCCAUCAAACACAGUAUCUUCUGCUCCUUUGCCAUGCGAGACCAUCUGUCAGCAUGACUACAUCAGCAUGCAGUUGGGAUCCUGCGCUCGCUAUCCUGAUACACAAAAGAUGCUGAUGACAGAGGGCUUGCCAGAUGCUGAUGCCACUCCCUGUUCCAUAUCACCCAAUCAUGACAUCACAGCAUUAAGUGGCGCCCCUGGAAGACCAACUUUAAUUGGCCCUCUGUCAGGGCUUAGUGCAUUCACACGGGUUAACUCCACAUCUGGGCGGAACCAAGGGGCUAAAGUUAUCCGCGCUGACCCACAAGGAAGGAGGCGACACAGUUCAGAGACUUUUGCGUCCACAAUGACCAGAGGGUUGGUUGACACAUCAACGACUUGUCAAUCAGGUGAUGUCAAGCGCCACAGCUCCGCCUCUUUCGAGAAUGUUUGGUUGAGACCUGGUGAGACCUCUGCUAUGGCUUCUUCUCUUGCGUCCACAGUAGCCAGUGGACAAAGGGAAACUACUUCAGGCCCAAUUCCCACUUUAAUGAGUCAUGACCAGAACGGCCUGAACUACAUAGAUCUGGAUCUAGUACAGAAUGGUGAGCAGCAUGUUACAGACUGGAAUGUGUUCCAAUCUCAGCCAGUGGAGCUGGUAGCUGUGGAAGGUAUAGAGGAGCUCAAUGCCUACGCCAGUAUAAACUUCCAGAAAUCAGAUGAGACCAGAGGGAAUCUCACACACAGAGAAGAAUGAAGAGUAGAACACCACAGCUUCAAGCAUCAUGAUUCGAAAUCUCUUCCCAUUAACCACAAACCGGACCUCAAAAAAACUGGACCUCAGUAAACGCUAACCUCAUUUUCCUGGAUCACACUAUCAGCCGGAUGCUACCAAAACCAUAUGGACACUACAAAACCGGACAUCACGAAUGCUGGAUUCCACUAACCAUAAAUCUGCAACAGCUUGGACUUGGAACCGCACUUUCCAUGUGCACACCUCUUUAGAGAUUAACAGAACUUGGGGAUCACUGUCCAACUAAUAACUGUUACAUACUUACAUAUCUCUGUUAAAUUUCUACCAUCAUAAAUGGUACAACAGCACCUUCCUACUUAGAGUUACAAAGUCAGUAGUACUGCAGUAGUAGUUUCUCAAGCAAUGUUACAUAUUUUAGUUCAUAUUUAUGUUAAAGAUGGUACAUGAUUAGUAGCAAACAUACAACAAAUGUUUUUGGUACAGGGAUGCUCUACUAAGCAGCCAUUUUGUGUUGGGUUUUUACUACAGCGUAAUGCCCUAACAGUGUUAGAUUGCACCCAUUUCCUUCGGUACUGCCAGUUAUUUCCAAUACAGAUGGUACUACACAUUACGAUAACUCGCAAUUACACACACUUUUAUACACCCAGUACGGACAACCUCAAACACCCAGACUUGAACUCAGGAUUUUAAAGAGUUUACAAACACACACACACACACACACACUGUGUUUCAGCACUGUGAGCCAAGACCGACCUCAUGCUGCCAAACACUGUGAUGUCCGUCAAACCCUUUGAAUUAAUUUCAAAGUUUUAUUUCAUACUUGGUCACAUUGUGUCCCCUUUAAUUUUAUUGAUUACCUUUAUAUCACAUUUCUACAGUAUGAGUACAUAUUGGCUUCCAAAUUGUCCCCCCCUCCGUGUUUAUAUAUAUAUAUAUAUUAGCCUAAAUUGGUCUUUUAUGUUUUUUAUGCAACAGGCACAGGUUUGGUUAUCACAGAUCAAACAGUGUCUUUUGUUUUGUUUUGUGUGUUGUGCUUUGUUUCAUUUCAUUUUGUUUUUGUUCUGUUCUUGUUUUGUUUUUACCUACAGGCACAGGUUUGGUUAUUACAGAUCAAACAAUGUUUUGUUUUUUGUUCUGUUUUUUUUUUUUCUGUUCUUGUUUUUUGUUUAUUUUUUUAUACCUAAGUUGGUCUUAUAGAUUUCAUGCUACAGGCACAGGGUUGGUUUUGGUUAUCCCGGAUCAAACAUUGUUUUGUUGUUUUAUUGUUUUGUGUGUGUGUGUUUUUUUUUUUUUCUUCGCUUUGUUUUUUUGUUCUGUUCUUGUUUUUAAGUUUGUUUGUUUGUUUGUUUUUUAAACCUAUUUUGGUCUUUUAGUUUUUCAUGCUUUAGGCACAGGUUUGGUUAUCACAGAUCAAACAUUAUUUUGUUUAGUUUUUUGUUCUGUUCUUGUUUUUGUUUAGUUUUGGUUUUUUUUGUGUUUUUUUUACCUAAAUUGGUCUUAUUUUUUCAUGCUACAUGCACAAGUUUGGUUAUCACAGAUCAGACACAUUUUUCGUUCUCAUCUCGUUGGAAACAAGCAAUACACAGUUGAGAUUUGCAGAAUCGUGAUGUGGUGGGCGUUCUUUUUUUUUUCCGCUAAUAUUGCAAUCGAAUAAGAGGCCUUAGAGCCCUGAUAGGGCUAAUUUAAGAGCUUGUUCAUGUAAACACAUUUUUGGGCAUGUAAAUUACAUGACUGAACUAAUGUUACUGAUUUAAUCCAAUCAUCAUUAGUUGGUCAAACUGAACAAAUACCUGCACAAGAAUGUGUAAUGUGAUGGUACAAUAUGUUAAAAAUCUUAAUGGAAUCGGAGUGCAAGUAAAUAUUACAGGCAGCAGAAUUUUUUUUAAUUUUUUUUUUUUGUGUCCUGCUGUUAAGCCUUGGAAGCCAGUGAAGUUGUUUGUAACUUUUUAAAGGCUAUUUUAUUUCAUUGCAGUUGUAUCUUAUAUUUCCAAUGUUUUGUUUUUGUGUAAAAUAACUCCUGUUGUAGCAAUAUGGUCAUAGCAACAUGUAAAAAAAAUAAAAUAAAAAAAAAAUCAAAAUGUCAUAUUUGCUGCUGAAAUGAAACAAACAAUGAACAAUCUGUAAAUUAUUUAAUGUAGAAUGGAUUUUUCUUGGUUCUCUUUUAAGAGUUAAAAGUAUUUAACAUUUCAUGCUUUGUGUUCCAUUAUUUUUUGCCUUUAGAAUCUGGACACAAAUCGUUUUGAAAAUGUUUCAACUGUUUUUAAGUUCAUUAUUUUUUGUGGGAAAAAAAUUGUGUAAUCCAACCUUUUGGGGGGAAAAAAUGGUACAGUUCUAUAUAGUUUCCUCUAUUUUUUAAACGAUGGAUAUUAAUGUAAAAUGCACAUCAGGGACUUCCUCUCUCCCCCCACCAAAAUGUUUUUGGGAACCUGUUACACUUGCGUUUCCCUGAACGCUGAUUGGCUGUGACAGUGGUUUUCUUGUAACCUGAUAGGCUACUGUAAAGGUUGUCUGUCAUUUGAUAGGUUGCAGUUGUCAAUUCAGCACCCUGCGGUCAUGUUAAGAAAACUGCAUAGGGUGUAGGGUCUAUUGUAACAAGAACAUUACUGUUCCAACCAUUAUGUGGCCAAACAUCUCAACCAAACUUGUAUAUAAUGUAUUGUAUAAAAGAUAAUUAGUGAUCGAUACCGAUGGGUACUGGACUGACCAGGGAUGUAUGAAUGCUCAAAGCAAGCAGGUGAUUGGUCGUCUCAUGAAUGAAUGAAUUGUGUAAACAAUAUGAGUGUAUGUACAGAUGAAUGGAUGUAUGCACAUGUAAACAAAUAUGUUUGUUUUAUGAAUGAAAUUACCAGCAGUAAGAAGAGGGCUGUGUAUACCCCUCCCUGCCUCCCCCAUUUACUGUAGAAGAAUGGUAUCUUCUGGAACCUUGACGUGUAAUAAAGUAGAAGCGCUUAAUCUAUUUCUGAAGUUCUUGUUUCCUGUUGUUUUUAUGACUGUCAUUUGCAAAGAGUUUAACAUGCCCCUUUUGACCUCCGAAGAUUAAACCAGUGCAAUUUGGUACAAGAGGCUGUGUAUUGUGAAUAUAGCUAAACAGCAUUGUUAACGGGUUAGUUCACUCAAAAAUGACAAAAUUCUGUUGUCAUUUACUCACCCUCGUGUCAUUCCAAACACACAUGAACACAAAAGGAGACAUUAGGCUUUAAGGAAUAGUUCACCCAAAAUGAAAAUUCUCUCAUCAUUUACUCACCAAUAUGCCAUCCCAGAUGUUUAUGACUUUCUUCUGCAGAACACAAAUGAAGAUUAUUAAAAUAAUUUCUCAGCUCAGUAGGUCCAUUCAAAGCAUGUGAAUAGUGGCCAGAAGCAGCAUAAAAGUAAUCCACAAAACUAAAGUGGUUACAUCCAUGUCUUCAGAAGCGGUAUGAUGGAAACACACCAAUAUUUAAGUCCUUUUUUACUAUAAAUCUACUUAUAAACAGCCCUCCUAUGCAUGUUUACAAGAGUUGUUCUUUUUUUUUUUUCUUUUUUUUCUGAUUUGCGUACUUCAUGCAUAUCACCACCUACUGGGCUGUUGUGCAGAUAUGAUUUAUUAUUUUCCUUUGCUUUAUCCCUCCCUUAUUUCUUACAAAAAAUGCAAAUCUCUAAAAAACAGAAGAAAAACUUGCACUUCUGGUGAACACGCAUAGGAGGGCUGGUGAAAGUGUAGAUUUAUAGUUAAAAAAAGAAACUUGAAUAUUGAUCUGUUUCUCACCCACACCUAUCAUAACACUUCUGAAGACAUGGAUUUAACUACUGGAGUCAUAUAUAUUACUUUAUGCUGCCUUUAAGUGCUUUUUGGAGCUACAAAGUUCUGGCCACCAUUCACUUGCACAAAUGAACCAGCAGAGCUGAGCUGUUUUUCUUAAAAUUUUGUGUUCUGCAGAAGAAAGUCAUGCACAUCUGGGAUGGCAUGAGGGUGAGUAAAUAAUAAGAGAAUUUUUGGGUGAACUAUCCCUUU